ACGGAUUACUGCAUUCACGCAGUACAAGUACUUUGUCCUCCUCGGGGAAGUAGCUGUCGGUCAGAUCGCUGCGCGGAGGUCGAGGUCCACCGAAGGGUCAGAGAAGGCGGUGCGCUGCCGGCCAUGCGGGCCUGAAGAUGGGGGACGAGGGCAGCGUUUCUCCGCUGAAGAACUUCGUGGCCGGAGGAGUCGCCGGCGCGUGUCUCCUGCUGGCGGGACACCCGCUGGACACCAUCAAGGUGAGGCUCCAGACGCAGCCCAAAGCCCCCUCUGCGCAGUACGUCGUCUACAGAGGAACGUACGACUGCUUCCACAAGACCGUGUCCAAGGAGGGUAUCCUCGGCCUCUAUAGAGGGAUGGGGGCUCCUCUAGCUGGCGUGGCCCCCAUGAUGGCCAUCAGUUUCUUUGGGUUCGGCCUCGGUAAACAGCUCCAGCAGACGGACCCGAACACACCCCACACGCACACUCAGCUCUUCCUCUCGGGCUGCCUCGCUGGCGUCUUCACCACCGUCAUCGUGGCUCCGGGAGAGAGGAUCAAAUGUUUACUGCAGGUGCAGGCGAGUCGAGGAGAGUCCAGGUUUGCGGGUCCGGUGGACUGUGCGAUGCGGCUCUACAGGGAGCAGGGGAUCCGCAGCGUGUACAAAGGCACGCUGCUGACUCUCAUCAGAGACGUACCUUCCAACGGCCUUUACUUCCUCACUUACGAAUGCCUGAGAAACCUCAUGACACCAGAGGGUCAAAGCGUCACAGAGCUCAGCACUCCUAAGAUCCUUCUGGCCGGCGGCGUGGCGGGGGUCUUAAACUGGACCAUCGCUCUUCCUCCCGACGUCCUCAAGUCCAACUUCCAGACCGCUGCUGAAGGGAAGUACAGAGGUUUGGUCGACGUCCUGAGGACGCUGCUCAGAGAAGAAGGACCCAAAGCCCUCUACAAGGGGUUCAAUGCCGUCUUUCUCCGAGCCUUCCCUGCCAACGCGGCCUGUUUUUUGGGGUUUGAGUUGGCGUUAAAGGGACUGAACGCGGUCGCUCCUGGCUGGUGAAAUAACUCACUGAAGGGCUCUGACCUGUAACUGGCAUGCAGUCUGGACCAGUGUGGACCAGGGUAGACCAGUAUAAACCAGUCUGGAGCAGUGUGGACCAGGAUAGACCAGUCUGGACCAGUGUGGACCAGGAUAGACCAGUCUGGACCAGUGUGGACCUGUGUAGACCAGUGUGGACCAGCCUGGACCAGUGUAGACCAGUGUGGACCAGAGUAACCACUGUGGACCAGUGUGGACCGAUCUGGGCCAGUCUGAACCAGCUUCAACCAAGCUCAGAUGUGCUGAAUUGUUGUAUUCUUAAAUGUUUUUUCCAUUUAACUUAAUAAACGAGUUCUCCCUUGUGAUCCAGAGUUUAUACUCACCGCUGUGAGUAAAGGUUCAACCUGAA